AUGAAGAAGAGUCAAGCAAAGAAAAGAACCCAUUCCGAUGAUGACUCAUCAAAGAAAAGCUCGAAUUUAAUAUUACCAUCGUUGGAGUCAUCAAUUUUGUCAUCGGAAAGACCUGUGAAAAAGGUCAAAGAAACAUCAACAACAAGUAAUGCAAGUGCUAACAAUUCUGCCACAAUAGAUGAUAACGAUAAUAUAAAAAAGUCCACACAACGGAAUACUACAACUACUACUCCUACUUUAUCAUUAUCGGAGGGAACAGUUCUUUCCAAAGAUUUACAAAAGCAACUUCCUUUUGAUCCUCAUUUUGCAGAUAGCAAUGCUCCCACAUCAAAUUCUGCACAAGAGGAGCGCCCAAAACAGAAACGAGUGAAAUCUCUCCCUCAAAAGAGUAGAAGAAAACAAAAGAGUGAAGAACGAAAAAAGAAAAAAGUUGAAGAGAAAAAAGCCAAAGAAGCAAUGAGACAACAACUCAUAGAGUCACAUAAAAAACACACACUGCAAGAAGAUCAACUUAAAGUUUUGAAACCUACUCGACAGUUAGGAACUGGUUCUGAAACAACAAAACAAGAACUUGAAAAAUUGGCAAUUUAUGAAAAACUUGGAAUUAAAGAAAAUACAGCUCCCAAGGCUGAAAAGUUUUGGAAAAAGAGAAAUCCUGAACUGGUUCAAGAGCGAUGGAAUGAGGAAGGAAUGCAAUUGAAAAAUGAAAAUUCUGAUGAGAUGGAUAUUCACAUAACUCCAAUAGAAAAUGCAAAUCAAGAUAAGACAGAAGAGGACAAGCAUAGUGAAGAAACAGUUAACAACAAUCCUCAAGAAACAAAAGAAGAAAAGAAACCGCUGAUGGUUUUAGAUUUCUUUGGUUCAGGAAAUGUUAUUAGCAAUAUUCCUCAAGCUGUUUCAAAGAAAGUUCAAGAAGAGGCCAAGAAAAAGGAAGAAACAGAAUCGUUGUUUUAUGAUAGCGAUGAUGAUCCAACCAAAGGAAUUGAUUUCGAAGUUAUGGGCAAAACUUAUGUUGAACUUAUUGACGACAUGCUUGAAAAGUUGGAUAAUUCUAAAACAGAUGAGGAAAAGGAAAUUAAAUACACCAGAUUCUAUGUCACGGUGAAUAGAAAACCAGAAAUUCAAGAACAACGUAUGAUGCUUCCAAUAUGUGGAGAGGAACAAAGAAUUAUGGAAACAAUUAACGAUAAUGAAAUUACCAUUGUGAAGGGUGAGACAGGUUCUGGUAAGACCACACAAAUUCCACAAUUUCUUUAUGAAUAUGGGUAUGGUUGUGUGGAGUCUGGAUAUCCAGGAAUUAUUGGUGUCACUCAACCAAGAAGAGUUGCUGCAGUAAGCACGGCCAAACGUGUAGCAGAAGAAUUGAAUGUAGUAUUUGGUGAAGAAGUUGCAUACCAAGUUCGUUUUGAUAAAAAUGUGAACACGGAGAAAACAAAGAUCAAAUUCAUGACAGAUGGUAUUUUAAUGAGAGAAAUUCAAUCAGAUCCUUUACUCCUUAAUUAUUCUGUCAUUGCUCUCGAUGAAAUCCACGAAAGAAACGUCAACACUGAUAUCCUCAUUGGCUGGCUCUCCAGAUUCAUUCCUCAAAGAAAUAGAAUGGCAGCAGCAAAUUUGACAACUCCUGAGGGAAAACGUAUCACUCCUCUCAAACUAAUUAUCAUGAGUGCUACACUCCAACUUGAAAGCUUUACAGACAACAAAAAACUAUUCCCAAUUGCUCCUCCAGUAGUAGAUGUUCAAUCGAGACAAUAUCCAGUUGUUGUUCAUUUCAACAAGAGAACAGUUUUCAAUGAUUAUAUGGAAGCAGCAUAUAAGAAGGCUGUGAAAAUUCAUGAAAAUUUACCAAAUGGUGGAAUUUUAAUCUUCCUUACCGGUCGAAAAGAAAUUGAAUAUCUUGUUGAAAAAUUGAAAAAGUAUUCAGAUAAGAGAUUUUUGCAAAUUAAAAAGAAGGAAAUGUUGAGAAAGAAGCAAGAAGAAGAGAAGGAAAAAACCGCUCAAGAAGAGGAAGAGCUCAUUAAUUUAUUAGGAGACUUGAGUGACAGUGAUGAUGAGGACGAAGGAUCUCUCUCAUCAAGUAAAAAAUCAGUGGGAUUGAACGAAGAAGAUAACAUGUUCGACUCAGAAGAAGAGGAAGAAAACACUGACUCUGAUGAAAAAUCAACACAAAAAGACAAACAAAUAGAAAAAGAAGAAGAAAGGAAUGGAAAAAGUGAAACUGUAGUUCUCUUCCAAGACAAUAUCACCAAUGAGAAAUUGAAAAAGAAAGGUGAAGAGCACAACCAAAAGCUGAAUCGUAACAAGAAAACAGAACGACUGCACGUCUUACCCUUAUAUGCCAUGCUUCAGCCACAAGAACAAAUGAAAGUGUUUAACAAUCCUCCACCAGGUCAUCGACUCGUGGUAGUGGCCACCAACGUUGCAGAAACCAGUUUAACCAUUCCAAACAUUCGUUAUGUGAUUGAUUGUGGUCGAAUUAAGGAAAAGCAUUUCGAGAAGAGUACUGGAAUUUUCAAAUUCCAAAUUGGAUGGACCUCUCAAGCAAGUGCCAAUCAGAGAGCUGGACGUGCUGGACGUACGGGACCAGGACAUUGUUACCGACUGUUCAGUAGUGCUGUAUUCGAUCAGAGAUUUUUGGAUUACACAGAACCGGAUAUUCUGAAGGCUCCUAUUGAAAAUAUAAUUUUGCAAAUGAAGAGUAUGGGAAUUAAGCAAGUAGAGAAAUUCCCCUUUCCAACUCCUCCUGAUGUUGAAUCGGUGAAGAAGGGUGUGGAUGUUUUAGUGAGUUUAGGAGCUCUCGAUAAAUACUUGUCGAGUAAGGAUGGAACGGUUGAAACCAUGAUCACCAAGAUGGGUAUUGCCAUGAAUCGAUUCCCUCUUCAUCCUCGAUUUGCCAAAAUGUUGAUUCUCUCGAAAACGAGUGCAGAAUUAUUGCAAUAUGUUGCAGGUGUGGUGAGUGUGAUGACUGUCCAACAAAUAUUCAUGCAUGACAAUCACUUGACAGUAUUGAAAGAAAAGACUGAAAAAAGAAAACAACAAGAAAUGAAAGAGAAACUUCAACGACUUGGAAUGAAAUCUGAAGUCUUGGAUUCCAACAAGAAACUCACCAUGGAUCGAGAGGAAAUUGAAGAACAACAAGCAAUGGAAAAUUUUAUGGAAGAGUCUAACAAUGACUUGAAUGAAGCCAAAAAGGAAGAAGAAGAACAAUACCUGAAUGAACAAGAACAAGAGAUGAGAACCAAAUGUAAAGAAAUUAAGAAAUUGUGGUCUCAUCCAUUGAGUGAUCAUUUGGCCAUGUUAAAAGCCGUUGGUGCUUAUUUAUUUUCAGAAGAUCCUCAAGAAUUUUGUUUGGAAUACAUGCUUCACCAGAAGAACAUGAGAGAAGUGAGAAAGUUGUAUCGACAAUUAUUGAAUACUGUGAAAUCUGAAUUGAAAGUGUCUGCUCUCGAGUUGGAUAGCGAUGAAACUGAAGUUGAAAAUCAGGACGAAGAAGAUCAUCUUGCCGUUCAAACAAAGCAAUUUCUUCCAUUCCCAGAACCAAAAGAUGAUGAAGAUGAACAAUUUGAAGUCGAAACAGCAAUUCGUCAAGUGAUUUGUGCUGGUAUGGUUGAUCAGGUCGCACGUCUUGCAACUGUUGAAGAUUUAGCCCAUAUGGAUGUGAAUUAUAGGGAAACAAGUAGACCUUACGUGACACUCUCUCUGGGACGAAGUGUUCCAGUUUUCAUUCAUCCUUCGUCGUGCCUUUUUGGUCGACAUCCUGAAUAUGUCAUCUUUACAGAACUCACAAAGAGUCGAAAGAACAAGACCUACAUGAGAGGAGUGACUGCUGUAGAACCUAAUUGGAUUUCUCGAUUUGGAAAUAGCAAAUGUGGUUUUGUGAAACAUUCAGACCCAUUAGAUUCACCACCUCCAUUCUAUGAUACUCAAGAGGACUCUGUCAAAUGUUUCAUUCGUCCAACCAUUCAUCAGGCUUCCACUGGAGUGGUUUGGACUCUCCCCAUUGAAACUGUUGAAUUCAAACAUGAUGGAUCCAAGCAAGUGCAAGUUUUUGGAAAAGCCAUCUUGGAAGGAAAAGUUUUCAGCUCGAUCAAACUUUCGAAUGAAAAUCUCAUCAACUUGCCCUCCAUCAUUCAAUCGAAACGAUUUUUGGAUUUCACACUUGCUCUUAAGCAACUCUUUAAAAAGGGACUUGGUUGCUGUAAAGCUAAAUUAUUGGAACACUGGAAAACAAAUACCUCCUAUUUGAGAAAUGAAUUGAGUCAACUGUUGGGUGUGAAGAAUUUUACCAGUUGGCCACCAACCAAAUAA